CUUGAAACCGAAUUGUAGUUUUGUUUGUCCGAAGAAAGAGUAGUAUCGCUCUCUUUCUCAAUUUGUUUUUUUUUUCAAGAGAAAAAAGUUGAACCGGAAUUUCAGAUUCUCUAGAGGAGGAGCCAUGGCCGAUCAACUCACCGAUGAUCAGAUCUCUGAGUUCAAGGAAGCCUUCAGCCUCUUCGACAAGGACGGCGAUGGUUGUAUCACUACCAAGGAGCUUGGGACGGUCAUGAGGUCACUGGGCCAGAACCCGACCGAGGCUGAGCUCCAGGACAUGAUCAAUGAAGUGGAUGCUGAUGGUAAUGGGACCAUCGAUUUUCCUGAAUUCUUAAACCUCAUGGCAAGGAAGAUGAAAGACACUGACUCUGAGGAGGAGUUGAAAGAAGCUUUUAGAGUUUUUGACAAGGAUCAGAAUGGUUUCAUAUCUGCUGCUGAGCUGCGUCAUGUGAUGACAAACCUUGGGGAGAAGCUCACUGAUGAGGAAGUGGAUGAGAUGAUUCGGGAGGCUGAUGUUGAUGGUGAUGGACAGAUAAAUUAUGAGGAGUUUGUCAAGGUGAUGAUGGCUAAGUGAUAACUCACAGCAGACAUUAAGAACCAAAAAGAAAAGAAAGAAAGAUGGGGGAAUAUGAUUAAAACUAAUAUUAUGGGAUUCUUAGCUUCCUCAAUUUAUAUGUUAUCGUUUUUUCAAUCAAUCCUUAAACAAUGUUGUAGAUCUGGUGGAGGUUAGUGUCUUUUAAUGUCUUGUGAUGUUGCGUUGGCUAUUAAUCUUUUGUUUUUUGUGUU